UUCACCCCACACUGACACCUGUCCUGCUCACGGACUCAACAGAUAAACUCAGCUAUAGACUCCAAACAUUAUCCUUGAUCGUCAUGGAGACAUCCGUUGAGUCUCGCUGGGCAUCAUCCUCGAUGAUGUCAUCAGAGAUGAUGCCUACCUACCCAUCUGAGUCCAGUUAUGUGAUCCACACUGAAGACGGCUCUACGUUCCCCUUCACUGAGACCGAUCACACCAGUGUGUCUGCGUUCACAAGCCCCAUCCACAACCGUGGCCCUGGUGCUUUUCAACACAGCCCGGUAUAUCCCAUUUUCUCUUCUCCGUUCCUGUCCUGGCUGGAAGGUUCAAACGGUCCCCCUCUAACCAACCUCCUCCCAUCAUCUCAAUCGUCCUGGAACAACAACAGCUUCUCCAAGACGACCUCUUCAUCCCUUCAUGUCUCCAAGCCCCUUUCCUUUUCCAAACAACCUCGUUCUGCUCCAUCUCCUACCCUGGACCACAAGGAGACCAUCGGCCUUCAGGAGAGCAUGAAGGUAGAGAGGCUGAGUCCUCCUGGAGGUGGGGAGGUGUUUGGGGGGAUGUACCCUCUCAGCACAUACAACGGUCCACACGCUCAUCCACAUUCACAGUUAAUGAGUCACUGCGGUCCAUCUGUGAGAUUGAGCCAGGAUUACAACAGUUCACUUCUCUUUGCAUCCUCACCCUUCUCUCCCAAAUUACACUGCAAGAUGACAUACUCAGGUGAGAGCAUCACUGACGGCCGGAUAUGUGUAAACUGCGGAGCCACGGCCACCCCCUUAUGGAGACGUGAUGGAACGGGUCACUACCUCUGUAAUGCCUGUGGACUGUACCACAAGAUGAAUGGACAGAACAGACCCCUUAUCCGACCCAAAAAGAGACUGGUGGUCAGUAAGAGGACAGGCACUCAGUGUGCAAACUGUCAGACCAGCACCACCACGCUCUGGAGACGCAACGCUAACGGAGAGCCCGUGUGUAACGCCUGUGGUCUCUAUUUUAAACUGCACAAUGUGAACAGACCGCUGACAAUGAAGAAAGAAAGCAUUCAGACACGCAACAGGAAAGUUUCCACCAAGAACCGGAAAGAAAAGAAACUCAGUGCUGCGGAGGAGAAUCUGUAUUCCGAUUUCCCCAAAAGCCUUGUCUCUGAUUGUGACUCCUAUUCUCUGGGGGUCUACAGUCACUCCUCCCAUUCACUACCCCAAAAUACUGCCUGCCACAGCCAUCACCCUGCCCUACCCAUGCCACUUGUCGGCUGCCAUCUUACCCAGCAUGCUAUGAGAGACGAGAUACUAUAA